AUGUCGACCUUUACGACUAGACCUGGGCCGGAGAUGCCUAUGUUUUCCUAUGCCCAAGCCGCGAAGGGGUUUUCUACUCUUCCAACCGUGCCCAACGUCGUUGAGAAGCAGAACAAGUCAAACACGACAUCGUCAGGUCCAAGUAGCAAUAGGACAGCUACUGGAUCAGUGGAUGGGGAUAGGUCGAGCCAAACCGUCGCCUCGUCGACAGACAUGGAACCAUCGUCCGUUGCUACAGAGCCUACUAAUACUACUAGCAAAUCGCAAUCGUCUUCUCAGCGCAACUCAUAUUCGACAGUCACCGCGCCUGCUGCUGGUACGCCUGCCAUUGGUACACCAUCAAAGAGUGCAACUUCUGGGACUUCCUCUCCAUGUGCAGGAGCCACGUCCAGCGCCACUUUGCCUAAAGAAGAUGAUGCACGGGGGCUCCCAAAUGGCUUAUCUGAUUCAAACUGGGACAAACAGUCUCAAGUUUCCGGAUCUGUGGAAAAGUCAAGCGAACGUGGAGAAACGAGCAAAGAAAAAUCGAAGGAAAAUGGUUGGGAGAAGGAUCCCGCUGUUUUGAAGGAAUUGAAGGCUGCGCCAAUCCCUACUGUCAAUGUCUGGCAGCAGAGGAGAGAAGCACAAGAGGCUAAGGCCAAGGCUAGUGCUUCGUUCAAAUCGGCUACGACCGCUGCUGUCCAGCCUGUUAACUCUAAGUCGCCCGCUCCUAGCGAGAACCGUUCUGAAAGUUCCAAAGGCGGGGCAAGAAAGAAGAAUGGGUCUACUGAAGUCGUGGCGGAUGCGACCACAUCCAAGAAAAAAUCAAACGAAACCGGUAAGAUCAAGGAAGAAGUAGAAACCUUCCCUCCAGUUGGCGACCCAUCAUCUUGGCCUACUCCCCAGCUGGCACAAGGCGAAGAGUUCCGCAAGGCCCAAGAAAAGAAUGAUAAGACCGAUAAGUCUGAGAAGGAGAAGACGUCUUCUGGGGGAUUGCGCGGGAAAGAGAAAUGGAUGCCUGUUCCCUAUGUUCCGACAGCUGUAUUUAAUACUCCGCUCCCCCCUGCUGCUCGAAGAGGUGGACGAACUUCAAGAGGCGGGAGAGAAGGAGGUAUGCGCGGUGGCGCCCAUCCUUCCGUUCCCGUGUCCAGUGGUGAUCGAGGGGUCCCUGCGUCCGCUUCAAACGCCAGUGGAUCAAAACAGAUUGGUUCCAGUGAUAGGGGCCGAAGUGGUACUCGUGUUGUCUCUGACCAAUCAGAAACUACUCAGUCCGGAAGAACGGGUAGCGCAACUGCUACUACUUUGUCGUUGGAUGAAAAGAAGACUCCACAAGCCACCAGACAUAGAGCCGUUAGCGAAGCAAAAAGUGUAAAGGCGCGAGAGGAGCCUCAAGGAACUACAGGAGGCGAAACUCAAAAUCAUCAACCUGCUGCUGAAGCACCACGUCAGCGACAGCACUCCAAGAGCUUUGGUAGAGUACAUGACUAUUCCAAUGUGGUAUCCCAGCGGGGCGCUGUCCAAGGAGAUUCUCAGGCUGCCACCCGCUUUAGCUCGAGUCAUGAGCGCCGUGUUGACAACGGCCCCAGAUCUGCGGACUUUUAUAAGGAGACUCCCACUUUCCACCAAAGGGAUAGAGAAUACCCACGGGAACGUAGCGACUUCCACCGCGAUCGUGAGUAUGGUAGAGAACGUGGAGAAUCUCGUCCCGAAAGAGGCCGCGGAGGGUAUAGGGGACGGGGCGGCCACGCAAGCUACGGCGGAGCUCAUAAUUCGCAAUAUCAUAGCCCCACAAUUGGACAAUCCCAGUUUCAAAGUUCGAAACCGUUUUCACUCAGUGAACGUCACCGUUCUCACCAGCAGGCUUCCCAAAAUGGCAGCCAGCACCAUGGUUCAAACAGGGGCCCUAAUAUGAGAUCACCAUCUCAUCCAUCAUCAGGAGUCUAUGGUCUGACCCCGUAUUCUAUUCAAACUGAGAUCAAUGCGAUAUACGGGUAUCCCAAUUUACAUCAAAGUCCAAUGACCGCGAUUCCAUACCAACCAUACCUGGAGCAGUUUUCUCUCAUGAGCAUGAUUUCGAUGCAGCUGGAAUAUUAUUUUUCGGUUGAUAAUCUUUGCAAAGACUUGUUCCUGCGGAAACACAUGGAUUCGCAAGGUUUUGUUUUGUUAAGCUUUAUCGCUGGCUUCAAGCGGAUUAAGAGCCUCACCGAAGACAUGGAUAUGCUUCGUCUUGUCUGUCGCCAACUCAAAGGUGUUGAAUAUAGACCUGGGGAAGAUGGGGCUGAUCGACUUCGCAAGCGGGAGAAAUGGGAACAGUGGAUCCUCGCAAUGGAGUCUCGCGAUCCUUCCGCCCAGAAUGAAGGCCCUCCCCCACUUAUUUUGUCAUCUCCAGCUCACGAUGGGAAUAGUGAUGAUUUGAACUCGACUCACCUAGAGACCCACGUGCCAUAUGGCAAUGGGUCUUUACACGAGAUCUCCGGAAACGUGAUCCCUUCCAAUUAUUCGGCGUCGAACGGCACUUCUUUCGAGACCCGCGGGCGUCGGUCCGUAUUAUCGUCCUCUGCCCCCGAAUUCUCGCCAGCUUACAUACCAGUAACGGCACAAAAUGAAAAUGCGAAUGUAGGAAAACCCAUUGAUAAUGAGAAUACUUUCCCCGACGAACAGAUUGAGAACUUGGUGAUUGUGGUGCGUAAGCCAGGAAUUUCCAGCCCAGCGCAGUCACCUUUUCUCCUCCCUUCGUCUCGUUCUUUCUCCAGCGGUUCUGUUGACGGUUACAAAGCAGCGGGUGGGACAGUGAGCACAGAUAAACGACCAUCUCGACCGACGUGUGCGACCCCGAUAAAUGUUACAAGCAUACCUGACGGGCAGUGCUGUGGAAGAUCUCCCCCGUCAUCAUCGUCUAAAAACUCUGAAAUAACAGCUAGCGCCAACAUGUCCGCGUUCUGGGUCAAAGACAGAGACACCCCGAUCGAAUCCCUCCCUACCGACCUUCUUCACGAAUCCUAUAACGUAUUCCUAAAAAAAACGCUAGAUAAACGAUCGUCUGCCAUAACGAGUGACGGAAACCUGGAUAUGGACGUUCUUUAUCAAUUCUGGUCUCAUUUCUUGGUCUGCAAUUUUAAUUCAAAAAUGUACAAUGAAUUCAGGAGUUUGGCGUUUCAUGAUUUGCAUGCAAACAAUUCUACCACCGGCCUCAACAGCAUCAUCAAGUUCUAUGACGGCGUGCUUGCGAGCAGUCGACCUAUGCCUGACACCGUCUCUCUGGACCUUGUCCGGCUGGUAGAAUCCGAGCUGGAGGCAGCGAAAAAAGAAAAGCCCGCAUUUCAGAAGCUCCGCUGUGCAUGGCGGAAUGGUGCGUUCAACCUGAAAAACAGGAAACGGAUUGAACGCAUCAUCAGCGAACGCGUGAGAGCGGAGCUGGAGAAAUGA